AUGUUUAAUAAAAGAUCAGUUGAAUAUGAAGGACUAGAUUGUAUGGCAGAUAUGAAUGAUCCAAAAUAUAUGCAAUAUAAACAUCUACUGCAAAGUGAAGUAUCUUGGGAAUCUCAAUCAAAUUAUGCAAAAUAUACAGUAUAUUUUGGAGUUGUUAUUAUAUUUAUAUCAUUUUUAAAAAAUAUUUAUUAUAGAUAUAGAGACUACAGAUAUGUUUCAUCUGUUUAUGAUGGUAAAGCUACUAAUCCUGUGGUUUCAACUAUUGAUGUUUUAAUAUCAUAUUGUAGAUUUGUUGGGUAUAAACAAACUCCAAAAUAUUUGAGAUUUUGGUUAUCAUUUCCAAAAUCAAUUGGAUCUAGUUUAUUUAUGAUGAUUUCAACAUUAUAUUUAGCAUGUUAUUGUUUUGUUCCUCAUUUUUGGUAUAGAGGAUGUGCUGGAUUUGGUUCACCACCAUUAGCUGUUCGUGCAGGAAUGAUGUCAACUGCAUUAGUCCCAUUUAUAUAUGUUUUAGGUGGUAAAUCAAAUAUUAUUUCAUUACUCACAGGUAUAAGUUAUGAAAAAUUAAAUGUAUUUCAUCAAUUUGUUGGAGUAGCUGCUUUUAUAUUGGGAGUUAUUCAUACAAUACCCUUUAUAUAUCAAACUUUACAAGAAGGUGGUUCUUCAUUAUUAAAUGAAUAUUUUAUAUCAGAUAGUUAUUAUAUUAGUGGGAUACCAACUUUAAUUUUAAUGGGUUUAUUAUGUAUUUUAUCAAAAGCUUUCAUUAGAAAAAAAGUAUAUGAAUUAUUUUGGCAUUUACAUUGGAUGAUGGGAAUUGCAUUUUUUGGUUGUUUAAUUUGGCAUAUUGAUAAUGCUUUAGGAGCUCAAAAUUAUAUGUGGGGAGCUUUAGCUUUUUGGUCAACUCAAAUAAUUUAUAGAAUAUUAAUUAAAACAUGUUUUAAACCAAAUACAAUGUUUUUAAGAUCAAGAGAAGCUCAAUUAAAUAGAAUUGAUGAUAAUACUUAUGAAAUUAUUAUAAAAAAUGUUUCAGAUUAUAAAUGGAAACCUGGUCAACAUUGUUAUUUAAGAUUUAAAGGUUUGAGAAUCUUAGAUAAUCAUCCAUUUUCAAUAAGUAGUAGUAAUGAAACUGAAGAUGGUAUGAGAUUUAUAAUUGUUGCUAAAAGUGGGAUUACAAAAUCACAACAUCAACUUAUUAAUAAAACUAUAUCCAUGAAACAAAAAGUUUAUCUUGAUGGUCCAUAUGGAGGAACUUUUAGAGAUGUAAAUAAAUUUGAAAAAGUUGUACUUGUUGCGUCUGGUACAGGAGUAACUGCAACUAUACCAUUUUUAAAUUAUUUAUCUCAACAAUCAAAAAAAUCAAAUAUAUUAAAAUGUGUAAAUUUCAUUUGGGUUGUUAGAAACGAAAAAGAUAUAAAUUGGAUCUCAGAUGAAUUAAAACGUUGUAAAGAAAUUUUAGGUUCAAAAUUACAAUUAGAUAUAAGAGUAGUUGAAUAUGAAAAAGAAUUAAAAACUUUUGAUGAUUCUAGUGAUAUUGAAAAAUCAAUGGCAUUUAAGGAUAAUCUCACUAAGGAGUUUCCAAUAAGUUAUGGUAAACCAAAUAUAACUCAAAUUUUAUCAAAUUUAACAAAAAGUUUAUCAAUUAGAAAUAUUUUUAUUUGUUCAGGUAGUGAAUCAAUGCAAUCUCAAGUCUGUGAAAAAAUAUCAGAAUUUCAAUCAUUAAUUUUUAAUAAUGAUUUAAGAAAUACUGAUAUUGAAGAAAUAUAUUUACAUACUGAAAGUUUUGUUAUAUAG